UGCAUGAAUUGACAGCUUUUUUUUUGUUCUCAGACGUUGUAUUGUAUUUUUCCAGCAUGAUGGAUGAGACUAUGACUGAGAAAGAGCUUAUAUCAACCGGCGAGCCAUUUCUUGUAUAUACAACUGAUGAAUACCAGACUCUAUCCCCUGCCACACUUGAUACCGCCACUGAAACAAGCAAUGAAGUCACUGAAUCCUCUGAUGUUUUUGGAUCAGACGUGUUCACUAUCCUGAUAUAUGCGGCUCCUGCAAUUUUUCUAGUCCUGCUGAUACCCAUCAUUAUUUUAAUUGUACAGCGCAAAAGACGAAAAAAACAGCAAGAGGCAAUUUUAGAUGUGCCAGCCGAUAAAAAGGAUUUAAAAAGUCCUAUCUUUGAAGAGGAUACUCCAUCAGUAAUGGAGAUUGAGAUGGAUGAUCUUGACAAAUGGAUGAGCAACAUGAAAAACAGUUGUCGCUUGUCUGCCCUUGAAGAAGAAAACAAAUUUCACACAAGGAACAGUGCAUUGUUCAGUGUGGAACCAUCAGACGCCCGGUUGUCAGGAUUCAGUUUCCAGGAUACGCAUGGAGAGACCUGAUGCUUAUUCAUGAAGCCUAUCCUUCUUCACUGUUCUGCGACUGCAAGUGGAUGCGAUCUCAAGAUAUGACAUCUCCGAAGUUACAUAUCAUUUUUUUAAAUAAAUUUUUGUUAUAUUUUUACAACUAAUGCCACAUGAACUGCAAGAACAAUCAACAGAUAACGGUCUUA